AUGUAUAAAAUAUCAGCACGUUUUAUGCAUAAAUUGAGCAGAAAAGAAUUGUUAGCAAAAAUUUUGCGUGUUGAUCAUAUUGGUGAAUUAGCAGCAAUACGUAUUUAUGAUGGACAAAAGGCUGUCAUAUCAGGUCAACAUCCAUCCAGACCUAUAAUUGAAGAAAUGCAAGCGCAAGAGAAAGAACACCUUGAUAUAAUGGAGCGAUUAUGCGCAAAACAUAAUAUACAACCGACAGUUUUAGCUCCAUUAUUGAGUAUUGCUGCUUAUGCAUUAGGUGUCGGAACAGCUCUUUGCGGGAAAGAAACAGCAAUGGCAUGUACAACAGCUGUAGAAGAGUUAAUUGGUGAACAUUAUAAUCAGCAAUUGAUGGAAUUACUUGACGAUGACCCCGUGGAUCAUGCUGAUCUUCUGAAGAUUUUGACAAAAUUACGUGACGAUGAAUUACAUCACUACGAUGUUGGAGCACCACAAUAUGAGGCGCUGAAAUGGAUCAUUCAAACUGGUUGCAAAGGAGCUAUUUGGUUAGCUGAACGAAUGUAA